ACAUAAAUGUUAAACUAUCUAUAGAAAAUAGAUUGAAACAUUCGUGUUCAGUGAAUGAAUAAUUAGUUAAAACUUAUUGAAAAUGAAGCUUUUGAUAUCAUUGCUGUUAAUUAUUGAGGUAUUGACUGACAGUGGCUUCAAUGUACCAAAUUCUAUCAAAGAAAAUGUUGUACAAAUAGAAGGUGUUAGCUAUCGUUUGAAUACAGAUGUUCUACCUAGUGAUUAUGUGAUUAACCUAACACCAUACUUCGACAAUGUCGAAGGCAAAGAACCAUUCACCUUCGACGGAAAUGUGACAAUUACAUUGAACGCGACCAAGUCUGAUGUCAAAACAAUCACUCUUCACAUCGAAGAUCUUGAUAUUUUGAACGUAUCUAUAAAUGUCAAAUCAAACGUUUUCACCCAGCUUUCAUCGAAUAAAACUGUGCAAAUUGUUGAUAAAGUGUAUGAAGAAAAAACCAAUAAACUAAGCCUUAAACUAUCCGAGUCACUUGAUAUUUCUGUAAAAUAUGAACUUCAUUUCAUAUAUACGGGCAAAUUGAGAAGUGACAUGCUCGGUUUCUAUCGCAGUUCAUACAAAGAAAAUGGUGAAACAAAAUGGUUGGCUUCAACUCAAAUGUCAGGGAUACACGCUCGUAAAGUUUUCCCCGGCUUUGAUGAACCACGUUUCAAAGCAACAUUUAACAUCAUUAUGAAUCGACCACGCCAUUUUCAGCCAACGCUCAGUAAUACUCGUAUUAAAUCAUCCACUGAAUUUGGAACAAAGAGAACUAUCGAAAUUUUCGAAGUAUCCCCAAAAAUGUCAACGUACUUAGUUGCUUUCACUGUAUCAGAGUUUAAAUGUCGUGAAAAUGACGAUCACACAUUUGCUGUUUGCUCUCGUCCAAAUGCAUUCGAACAAACGGAGUACAGUUUCGAUGUUGGACAAAAACUUUUGGCAAAAUAUGAUGAGAAAUUCGCUUACAAAUAUAAUACUCACAUGAACAAAAUGACUAUGGUUGCUUUGCCGGAUUUCGCUGCUGGUGCUAUGGAGAAUUGGGGUUUACUAUCUUAUCGUGAAACUGCACUGCUUUACGAUGUCAAUGUUUCAUCUGCAAUAGCUCAACAAAGAGUAGCAGCAGUUGUUUCACAUGAACAAGCUCAUAUGUGGUUCGGAAAUCUGGUAACUUGUGAUUGGUGGUCACACAUAUGGCUGAACGAAGGUUUUGCCACAUAUUUCCAAUAUUUUGGCACAGUUUUGGUCGAGGAUAGUUGGGAUUUAGAGCAACAAUUUAUUGUUGACAAACUUCAAGUUGUUUUUGUUGAUGAUUCAUUGGAAAACACGAAAGCACUUUAUCAUGAUGUAAAUAUACCAGAUGAAAUUUCUGGAUUGAUUUCGUACAAUAAAGGUGGCUCGGUAAUUCGGAUGUUUGAACAUGCUUUUGGACGUGAUGAGUUUACUAGUGGGCUCAGACAUUAUCUUAGGAAAAAUGCUUUAGAUACAUCUGUGCCCGAAAAACUGUAUGCAGCCUUCAAAGACAUAAUUGUUGAUUUUGAAAAUAUUGAAGAUUUUAUGAAGAGCUGGGUUGUGAAUGCUGGUUAUCCGGUUGUGAAUGUGAAGAUUUCCUUUGAUCAAGGCAUUACAAAGAUGACAUUGACACAAAAGAGAUUUUUACAGAAUAAUCCAGAACAUGGAGAUAAGACACUUUGGUCUAUUCCAAUCACCUUUGCAACGAAUAAAUAUAACACAAAUUUCACAAAUACAAGACCGACGACACUCUUCAACGAAGAAAAACUACAGAUUCAAUUAACAGAUCCAAUCGAAUGGAUUGUACUUAAUGUACAACAAACGGGUUACUACCGUGUGAAUUAUGAUGACGCCACAUGGGCUGCGCUGGACAGGCAAUUGUAUGGAUCAAUAAACAAAAUUCAUGUGCAUAAUCGUGCACAGAUCGUUGACGAUGCAUUAAAUUUGGCUCGCGCCCGUCAACUAAGCUAUUUUCAAGCCUUACAUACAAUCGAAUACCUUCAAAAUGAAAUCGAUUACAUUCCAUGGUUGGCGGCAUUCAAUAACUUUGAAUUCGUUUUGGCUCGUUUCAAAAUAGAGGAAGCUGCAAUAUUUAAAAAAUUUAUUUUAGGUCUUUUGAAUAACGUUUAUUCACAUCUUGGAUUUCACCCAAAAGACAAUGAUACUCGUUUGGAUAUUUACAAUCGAAAUCUUAUUUUGAAAUACGCAUGUAAAUUUGGUCACAAACAGUGUGUUGCUGAUUCACGCACUGAAUUCGAUAAAUUUUUGAUGGAAAAUCACAAGAUCCCCGUAAAUUUAGUGCCGGUUGUCUAUUGUUCAGUCAUUAGCGAAGGAUCGAACAAAGAAUGGGAUUAUUUUUGGGAAAAAUUCAAAUCUGAGAAUGUGGCGGCUGAACAAGUUUCAAUUUUGAGCGCAUUGGGCUGCACAAAACAAGCAAAAGUUUUAUUGCAAUACUUGGACAACAUUUUAUCCGACGAUAUUCGGUUGCAAGAUAAACAUGCAGCAUUCGUAUCAACAUUAACACAGCCGGAAAAUCUCGAUUUAGUACUCGAUUUCAUAGUAAAAAAUCCAGAAAAUAUCAAUAAAACUUUUGAAUCGAAGAAUGAGGUGCCACAAAUGUUAUCGUUAGUGGCCGCAAGAUCAACUACUAAUGAACAAAUCAACGAAAUUGAACAUUUUGUAGAUGAACAUAAAUUAAAUGACGAAAAUCUUAAAACAGCCCUUUUAAAUGCAAAAUUAAACUUAAAGUGGGCUGAAGAACAUAUUCCAAUUAUAAAAAAGUAUUUGAAAAUGAAAAUAAACCCAUAGAGAAAUCAGAAGUAA